GAGGAACACACAAGGACAGUAAAACAUACAAUUAAAGUGAUAAAAUAAAACAAUGGAGCAAGUUUCUCGAAAUAUCAGGGAAGCGAGCCAAAGUCAAUAAAAUGUACAUAUGUACAUACAUAUAUAUCUAUGCACCCAUGUAUGUAUAUGAAUAGUCCGACUUGUGUCGAAGAAACAUUAUAAAUAGUAAUAAAAAAAUUAAUCAUAAAAAGUUAUUCCGUAAAAAGGCUAAAGCCAACCGCAAUAAUAAAUCGUGAACGCGCGGUCACAACCAUAAAAGUCCAUCUACAACAGCCAAAAUUAAAUAUUAUUCACAACAAUAACACCGGUCAAAACCGGUGUUUUGAUUGUAAAAGUUUUUAAUUUGUUACUUGUAUCGUCUUUGUGCUUGUGUAUGUGAUGCUAGUGAAAGAAUAUCCGUUCAAAUAUAAAGCCCAAUAUCUAAUCAAAGUAACCGCAUCUUAGUUAUAUUUGCGCAUUUGUGUGUGACCUUCGUUUGGGCUGGGAUGAGUGUUUCAAAUUGGGCCAUCAAGUGCAACAACAACAAUGACGAGCAAAACACUGAUUUUGUAGCUUGAAAGCUGCUGUAGAAAUGACAAAACCUCCGAUACACAAUUUACGUCGAAGCCGAUACGAAAUCACAUAAAAAUUCUCAACAAGUUUAUUACUUUUAAAUCGUGCAGUGGUCAAACCCGCAGCUUACAAAUUCAUAUUCUUUUAAAAACCAAACAAUUUCGAAUAUCUCGCCAAAGUGACACGUAUUGCGCUUGUAAAACACUCCGUGCCUGAACUAAGUAUCUAUAAAUAUUCAUCGGCACCAGAGUCACAACAAAAGGCGUUCUCUAUAAACAUACCGAAACAGCAUUUAGCUGCAACAUAAACUGACUUGAGUUUCACUACGGAGAUAUCAAAAGAUUAACUGGAAAUGACUAAAAUAUUAAGCCUCCAUUUGCCUUUAGCUCUUGCCACCAAACACAACACCAUUACUCCGUCACUCCAACAAGGACCUCUUUUUCCACACACUACCACUCCCACAACCAUACGCACGCCAACAAACAAAUAUUCCCAGCGGAUCUGCACAAAAUGAUGGAUCGCAUCCCAUCAUUAUCGCUAUCAGGCAUAUCGCUCGCGCAUCCACUCUCGUUAUCCACAACAGGACAGCAACUGCAAAACCAUCUUAAUUCAGCAUCGGCGGUCACAUCGUCAACUAGUACAGGUGGGCACCAUCACCAGCAUCAUCAUCAUCAUCACCAUUUGGGUCAAUUAGCCGCGGUUGUUCAUCAACAGCAGCAACAACAGUUGCAACAGCAACAGCAGCAACAACAACAGCAUCAUCACCAACAAGCCCAUCUACAAGCACAUCACAACAAUCAUCAUCUAAGCCAUCACCAGCUUUCAUUGAAUUCGGCAUCCUCGACAAGCCACUCACCAACAUCUAGCAACUCAGCGUCUGCAUCGCUGCACCAUCAUCACACCUCACUACUGGCGUCACACUCGGGCAUUCACACCUCUCCAACUUCGUUGUCACACCAUCCACACAGCAGCAGCAGCAAUAACCACUCCGCAUCGUCAUCCACGUCGCUUUUACUUCAUCAGUCAGCCUCAGCUUCGUCGUCGGCUGGUUCGGCGGGAUCAGGCAGCUCAGUGAGCUCAGGUGGUGGUUCUGUAGGAGUUUCAAGUUCGUCCGCACAUCAGCUGCAACACCACAGCUCAGCAGCGUUGCAUAGUCAGCAUCAAAAUUCGCUGCACCAUACCACCCACCAUCACACGCACAGUCACAUAAACGCACACGUAACCGCCGUUUCGUCACCCGCUAACGCAACGAAUUCAGCCAGUACCGCAUCUGUAAUGGCCGCCGCCGCUGCACACCUGCACCACAAUGCGCAGGCGACUUCGCCGAUGACAAAUCUACAUCAAAACAUGGGUGGCCUGAUGAAUAGUGGCAGUAGCGCCAGCGACGUCUUCUUUAGUUUAAUGAUACAAAAUACAACGAAACGUCAAAACGAGGAACACAUCAAAAGGCCAAUGAAUGCAUUCAUGGUUUGGUCUCGACUCCAGCGACGAAAAAUUGCACAGGAUAAUCCGAAAAUGCAUAACUCCGAAAUAUCGAAACGUUUAGGUGCCGAAUGGAAACUUCUAACCGAAGAUGAAAAACGCCCAUUUAUCGAUGAAGCAAAGCGACUACGUGCUAUGCACAUGAAAGAACAUCCCGACUACAAAUAUCGUCCCAGAAGAAAACCGAAAGCAUUGCGCCGAGAUGGUUACCCUUAUCCGAUGCCAUAUCCAUCAGUGCCCGUGGAGGCGUUACGUGCAGGUAUAACGCCAGGGUACUUUGCGCCAGGGCCAGCAGCAGCAUAUCACUUGGGCAGCCAUCUGACACAGACCAAUUCACCAGCAUCACAGACCGGCCAAAUGGAUGUACCGAAAUUCGCGCUAGAUCGCAGCUCGUACCUGAGCUCCGCAGCCACAGCUGGCACGCUGUACGAGACCUCGAAAGCUGCCCAAGCGAGUGCCGCCUACAGCGCCUACUUGGACCCCAGCGUCCUUACAAAGGCAUAUUUCGACUCCAAGAUGUAUCAAGAUCGUGCUGCCAACUAUGCCUUUGACAUUUCGAAAAUCUACGGUGCCCAACAGCAUGGCACAUCGGCGGCUGCCGCUGCAGUGGCGCAUCAACAGCAACAGCAACACUUGCUCAAUGGUCUAGGUAUAGGCAGCUCACAUCAGAAUAGCAGCAACAAUAAUAACAACCAUACAACAGCGAAUAACAAUCUGGACGAACGCGACAAUACACCGCAUUUGGACAGCAGCAGUGGCGCCGGUGGUGGAGUUCCAAUUGGUGUGGUGGAUUCUAAGCCACAUCUACACUCGCCAACGGACGCACAACUUGACUAUUCACAAUACGCACAGUACGGGCAAGUUGGUGGAGCCGCCGUUGGUUUGGGUGGUGGCGUGGUUAGCAACGGCGGCUUGGGUGGCAUUGGCUCGGGUAGCGGACCCGGCGUAACUGGUGCUGGCGGCGAUUUUCGACGUCCGCUCACAGUCAUAUUUUGACCACCAUCCGUCGAGAGUGAGGAACUCAACCUGUCCAUGACGAACUAGAAUUGGAAAAAGUGAGGUUAUAAGCAUAAGAACAUAUAGUGAAUCAAAAAAACUUGUACAGCGAGAUGGUUUCAAACUUUUGAGAUGCAUCCAAAAGUGUUAAAAAUGCCUUUUUACACAUUUUCAUAAUUUACAUUUUUUUAUUUCAUUGCCAUUCUAACUUCUUCUUUACUGCCAUUGUAACUAGUUGACUUAAAAAAACUCACGAACAAUUUUGUUUUGCUUAUUUAAAUGAAAUUUUUUUUUAAAGAUACAGAUUUCCUCAAAAAAAUAUACACACAUACAUUGUAUAUCUAAAUUAACUCCAUUUUCCAAACAAAAAAAUUCUACAGUGUGCAUAGCUGGGCAUUUUAACACUCUUUGAGGAAAACUAAUACUUUGCAUGUGCUCCUUUGCCCUCUAUCAUAGUUUGCAAUAUUUUAUUCACAGAAUGCACCAAUUUUUUCUUUUUAAUCAGGAGAUGUAUUUGCUCAUAUUUCAUUUAAAUUGAGUUUAGCUGCCGAUGAUGCCAAAAUAUUUUUUAAUAUUAAUAUUUAUUAAUGGUGCAUUCUUAAUAUAAUUUCUUCGAUGAAAAGAGGGCUACCGACGCCAUUUGCCCACUGCACCCCUUUUGCUUCCAUUGCAUCUCACAUCACAUAAUGCAGCCACUUCCAGCGACAGUCCUAUUUCAUUUUUUAUCUUUUAACGUUUAGCUUUUGUUAUGUCAUACAAAUCGACGACCAUUAACUCCAAAUAAAUUAAAUAAAAUUAAAAUUAAAUACUCAUCGCUAAAAAUUACAGAAUCACAAAAUUCGGUAUCACGGUGUAUACACUUUUUAUAGGCAACGUUUCGUAAUAUUUCUCUAUAUACGUAUAUAGUAUACGCUCUAAAAUCGGGCGAAAGCAGGAAGUUCCAAGCAGUUUGAGGCUGGAGUUUUGCAAUAGUAGCUUUCUCCAACUCCUUGGCAUUAACGACAGCGGAUAUUUUGGGGUGUUCCUUGAUACCCCGUUCCACUACCAAGACGUCUUUUGUUUCCUUGCCAAUUUCGACUCCAGAUUCUGUGAAUCCAAAGAUAUUUGUUUAUUCACCAUGUUUUCUUCAAAAUAUACGACCGCAAAAUACGUUCAUCAAAAACACUCAUAAUUCUGACUAUGCGCUAAUAAAACAAAACAAUAAUAUCGGUACGUACUAGAAUUUAAUUUAAAGUGUUGUCUACGUAAUUGCAAAAGUUUUUUUGACUGCCAAAAACCAGAUCAAAUUCGAGAUAAUUGUUAGAAUGUUUACAAAAAUACGAAAACUGCAUAAGAUUCCGAUACUGUUGUUCUAGGUUACAGCUUAAAAGCUGAAAUAGUUUAAAAGAAAAGUCCAUUCAAAGUCAAAACAUCUAUCUGUACAAGUUUUUUUUGUUUCACUGUAUAUACAAAUGUAUGCGUUUCAGCGAUAACCGUAAAUCGUACGAAUAUUUCACAACAACGGUUUUAUUUCUAGAAUCUUAGUACAUAGCUGCAUAUACAAGUAUAAAAUAAACGAAUAUCUAACAAAUACUUGACUAAAUAAAAGUAAUUGUAGAAAAAUCUGUGGAAGUACUUAA